UCUUAUUUCAAUUUAUUGCAGGAUGGUUCUGAUCCAUUUCUUACCAUGACAACACAAACUUCUGGAUCAAAGUCUGAGGCAUCUUCGUCGGGAUUGGCUAAGGAUCUCAAUGAUGCUUUUGUGGAUGCUGGCGAUCUCAAUAAAGAUGAAUCUCAAAGUGAUAAGAUUGCUGAUCUACCUUCUAAUACUCUACUUUGUACCCCAAACAACGGUAAAUCAGUAUUGUCAGAUGAUAUUGAUGGUGAUCCAAACGCAAUCAAACAGUCGUACAAAAUGCAAAUGGAGCCUGUUCAGGAGUUGAGGAAUCAGAAAAUAAAGGAUCUUCAAUCUCAAAUUGCUGCUGUUGUUGCUGGAAGCUGUGUAGCAGAUCCGUCCGUAGGCGGUACUCACGGAGAUCUGGCUGUCGUAGUUCCUGAUGAUGAUGGUGGUACCAAAGCAAGUCCGAUUGCGAAGAGGCCCAUUCCUCCCGAUGCUGAUUUGGAUGGAAAAAUUAAGCUACUCAAAUCAGUGAAGAAAGAGAAGAUAUGAGGAUAUGAAUUAAUUACUCUUGCUAUUUCCCUUUUAAAUAAAAGAUAACUAUUGUCCAUAUGGGGCCAAUCGUUAUCCAGCCAAUUUUCCAUUCACGAUUAUGGAUGUUUUUAAUAUUGUCUUUUUGGCGAGA